AGAACGGAGCACCCCAAAUAUGCCCCAGCUUCUGUUAUUCGUUUAUCCUGCCCCAGGCACGGAGGCGAACGCUAGCAAUGUACCGUGACGAAGACCCAGUUUUCGGUAGAAUAAAGAGAAGAUGCAUUCCCAGAAUCUUGGAUUAAGCUUCUCACUCAAUCUAUCUGGCUUACUGUCAAGAUGAGGCUCGAAAAACAACUGCAGUGCGCGCUGCUUAGCGCUCCUUCCGCUUUCGCCGCCCCACAGUCAGCAGCCUCUUACCCCACAAACGGCACGGCACCGGCCGCUUUCAGCUCGAAGUGUGCGGAACUUGCGUCCAAACUUCAAAUCGAUGGCGGCGUUAUACAGACAACCGAGUUUGUCCCCGCUGGAACAAACCUGACUGUACCUGUGUACGACCCGACAUGUGCCGCAGCACCGCCAGUCAUCACAGCGGACAUGUGCCGCGUGGCGCUGAAUGUCUCGACAUCUGAGCGUUCUGGCUUCAGAAUGGAGGCAUUCCUCCCAGCCAACUGGACGGGACGAUUCCUCUCUGGUGGUAACGGCGGCCUGAAUGGUUGUAUCAGUUACGACGACUUGGCCUAUGCGGUCGGUCUAGGUUUCGCUGCGGUUGGGACCAACAACGGUCACGACGGAAUGAGUGGCUUGCCGUUUUACAACAACUCAGACGUUGUGGAAGACUUUGCAUACCGAGCUCUACACACUGGUGUUGUGGUCGGAAAGCAGAUCACCGAAGACUUCUACGGUAAACCACACGAUAAGUCCUAUUAUCUUGGAUGCUCCACUGGAGGAAGACAGGGUAUGAAGUCUGCCCAAGACUUCCCAGACGACUUUGACGGCAUUGUCGCGGGAGCACCAGCCUUCGCCUUUAACAACCUCACCUCGUGGAGUGGACAUUUCUAUACUCUUACUGGCCCAGCAAACUCGUCCGCCUUUGUCCCAAUGUCAAAAUGGGCGCAAAUCCACGAGGAUGUCCUGAAGCAAUGCGACAACCUUGACAACCUUGAAGAUGGUAUCCUCGAGGCUCCCUUGCUUUGCAAGUACGACCCUUCGGGCCUAGCUUGUACUGAAGGCAGCAACACCACUACAUGCCUUACACCCGAGCAGCUAGAGACUGUCAAGGCGGUUUACUCGCCGCUUCUGAACGAUGCAGGAGACUUGGUCUACCCUCGUCUGCAACCUGGUGCCGAGGUGAUUGCGGCCGGCGCUCUUAUUAACGGACAGCCCUUCGCGUACACAACAGAUUGGUUCCGCUACGCUAUUUACAACGACCCUAACUGGGACCCAGCGACCCUUAGCCCCAAGGAUUACGAUUACGCCGCAAAACUGAACCUCUUUGGAAUUGAAACAUUCAAGGGCGAUUUGAGCGGAGUAAAGGACCGUGGCGCCAAGGUGCUACAUUGGCACGGCGGUGCAGACUUUGUCAUCUCAUCCGAUAACUCUGCUCGCUACUACGAACAUGUCACCUCUACUAUGGGUCUAUCAUCUGACGAGCUCGACGAGUUCUACAGGUACUUCGUCGUCAGUGGAACUGGUCACUGCGGUGGAGGAAACGGUGCGCAUGCGAUCGGUCAGAGUGGCGGCGAGAUCAACGGCUAUGAGCCCAGUCACAACGUACUCAUGGCUUUGGUUGACUGGGUAGAGAACGGCAACGCACCCGAGACGCUUACCGGAACAAAGUUUGUCAACGACACGGUGGCUCUUGGCGUGGAGUUCGAGCGCGCUCAUUGCAAGUUCCCCAAGGUCAACCAGUACAAGGGCGGCAACCCUGAUGUUGUUGAGAGCUGGGAGUGCGUCGACGCGUAGAUCAGAGCUUGGUUGUAGAGCACAAGAUCUAGUAGAAGUGAAUCGGCGACUUUCGUUCGACUGGUGAUAGUUAUUCUAUCGAUUUGAAGAUCAAUUCCUAUGUGCCACACUCAAAGAUUACUUGAGUACCUGUGAUAUGUCUAAUACAGCCAACCAAAAAGGAACA